CCCCUGCGGUCGGGAAACAGGUCUGAUCAAUGUCUGUCUGCGUCUGCCUGGAUGGUGCCCCUGUCGAUCACAGAUUGUGUCUGCACACACGAAGGACAAGGAAAAUGCAUGCUGCAGUUCUGGUGGUGAGGAGUCCUUUCUAAAUAUAAGAGAAAUAAAGAAGUCACUUCCCCAGCUGUCAUCAUCUUCCAACAGAUUGAGCAAGAAUACGGAAAAGACAGUCCAUCAAACUCUAGAUGAUGAUCAGCCAUGUGAUUUUUUCAAGAAAAGGAAUAGGGUGAAUGAAUCUCACCAGAAAAGCAGCCAUAUGAAUGCUAGAUCAUCUUGGAAUAAAGUGCAACAUUCAAAGGAUUCUUCAGGAAAAAGGCAGAGUAAAUCCCAAGUACCCCAUGUUUCUUCCCAGCUGAGAAGCAGCCUUGUAGGUGUCUCCCAACCCACUGAAGAUAAACUUAAAGAAAGCAGUUCCCAGGAAAGAAAACCCAAAAGGAAUCCACUUGGUUCCAGAUGUCAGGGGGCCUCAGGAAACAAAUCGUUUUUUGACUUUCAGUCAGUGAAAAUUAUUAAAGAAAAUGCUGAUGAGGACAGUGCAAGUGACCUCUCUGAUUCUGAAAGAAUUCCCAUCCCUCCUUCUCCCCUCACACCCCCAGAUCUUAAUCUUCGAGCUGAAGAAAUUGAUCCAAUUUGCUUCGAUCUUCACCCGGGUCAGGGCCAUACAAAGCCUGAAUACUGUUAUCCUGAUUUCCUCCCACCCCCUUUUAGCUCCUGGGACCUACGGGAAAUGGCAAUGCUUCUGAACACAGAGUAUAAAACUGAAGCCAUGCCACGAGCAGGAGGACUUCUCGGGAAGUAUAUCGAUAGACUUGUUCAGCUCGAGUGGCUGCAGAUCCAGACUGUGCAGGGCGAAAAAGGAAAGGGGGCCAAAGCAAGGCCUCCCACUGCCCCUGGAACCUCAGGGACUCUGAAAAGCCCCGGGAGAAGUAAGCUAAUCUCCAGUGCUCUAUCCAAGCCCCUGCCUCACCAGGAAGGGGCUUCAAAGUCAGGCACUUCACGAAAGAAAGAUUUCUACCAUGAAGAAGUCCGUCCAUCAUAUUACACAUUUGAGAUGUCCCCCAAACCCAUUGAUAUGCUGGGUAGUAACAGGUUAUGCUCUCAGAAGCAAACCCUUGAAAUGAGGACAGAAGAGAAGAAAAAGAAAUCAAGUAAGAGUACCAAGGUGCAGCGUUGGGAUUUGUCCUGCAGUGACAGCUGUCCUAAGAUGGAAACCAAUGGUAACAUUCGGAUUCCCAAACAGUCGGUGAUGAUCCUGGACUCAGCAGCCUCCUGUAAGGCCUCCAAAACACAAGCACAUGCAAAUCUUAAGAAAAAGGGAAUUGUGAAUAACUGUGGUCGUGCCACUAUAUCCAGUGAGAAAAAACUCAAAACGAAUGGUGCAAUGCACAGCACAUAUAAAUUGAAAUAGCAUCUGAUAUGAUGAAUUGUAAAGACUCACAGAUAUCUAAAUAUUAGUGCUCUUUCAGAAGUUUUACAGUACUCUGAACUUUAAGAAAUGUUAUGAUUACUGACAUUUAAGUAGUUGACUGCUCCUUUAGUCCCCGUCACCCCCACCCCUGUUGGAUUAUUUUCAAAGAGAGGUGUCUUUCAAUAAGCCUUUCUUUGUAUUGACAGUCUGAAGCAAAUGAGAGCCCUUUAGAUAAAAAGUAAGCAAAGUAUGUGCCAUAUAAAGAAGUCAAUGACAUCUCUACAGGGGAAGAGUGAACAAAACUUCUGAAAUAGUAGCCAGCCUUUGUAAAACAGGUAACGAUGUUUAGCUCUCACUGAUACUUGCACAGGUAUGUAAAAUAGUGAAUGCUGUGUUAAAUGGUGUAGAAAUCUAAACAUUUGAAACAAGGCCCUUCUUGCCACUGCCUCUUGCUUUUACAUAAACUACGCAAGCAAAAUUUCUGUUCGUUUUACCCCUUGGAGAAGCUUCACUUCUUCCUCAAGUUAGGGAGUACUUGAGUUUCUAUUUUGAACUGUCACUUAUCACCAAGCUGCUUGCUUUUUAAAGACAAUGGAAUCUAGCACUUCAGUACAUUUUUUUCUGACAUGAGUUUUAAAAAGAGGGCAUUUUAAAUUUAGAGAUGGUGGUGAUGAAGUCUGUUUUUGAGUGUUCUAAACUGAGGUUAAAAUAAUUUGCAGACUUUCCCAAUUGGAAAGUCAAUGAGUUUAAGUGUGAUUAUUGCUGCUUGGUGGACAUGGGAAUGAAAUAUUUGAUGCUCUAGAAUUUCUGGCAUGUAAUGUUCUUCUCCAAAGAGGUGCCACAGGAAAAUCACCUUUUAUAAUUUGUAAAUGAAGGGCCUGUAAUAGGAUAAAAACACAUGGAACCACUUUGAAUGUGAAAUUAAGUUAAUGAAUUGGGACUCAGAUCCUGUUAUCCUUAGUCAAAAAUAAU